AUGGAUUUCAUCCGCGCUUGUCUUCUUUGCACCGCUCUUUUUGGGCUCGCCAAAUCUUUUACGCAUGAGGAUAUGAAGGACGCAUUGCUGCAAAAACUUGGAUUAGAUGAAGUUCCUAAAAUCCACAAGAGGGAUUUGGACAAUCUAGUUAUUCCGGCGCAUAUCAGGAACAAGUACUUGUCUAUGCUCAAGAUGCACCAUAGCAGGAGACGCAGAUCUCUGCCCAGCCUGGCGGGCAUCCUGAGGGGAAUCCCUGGCAAUGCAGAUAUUUCCGGAGAGUAUGUGUAUUCUGACACAACACGACAUCGUAUGGUGUUCGACAUGGAGGCGAGGAUUCCGGAUAACAGCGAAGUGACCAUGGCAGAGCUGAAGCUUUACCAGCGGGCAUCCUUCCAUAAACGCUUUGCAGUGGAAAGGAAGAAUCACAGGCCCGUGAACAACGCCCGCGUCAGCAUCUACUGGGUGGAGGUCCUGCCAAAUGGAUCUAACCGGACAUCGCUGAUAGAUUCACGGUUGAUCCCCAUUCACGAAACCGGCUGGAAGAGCUUUGAUGUGACGCAGGCGGUGCACUAUUGGUCCAAGAGCCAGCAGAGGACACCUAUGCACCUGGAGGUGUGGAUCGAGGGCGAGAGACCUGGCAGCUACGCGGCAGAGAUGGCCAAGAGUGUGCGCUUUACCACCCAGGAGCAGACAGACAACACCUUGGGAAAGCCUGAGCUCAUCCUAUACACACUCAACCUCGAAGAAUACGGUUCUCGUGGAGACUGCGACGUCACCCAAAACAAAGACACCUGCUGCAGAGAACAGUACUUCGUCAACUUCAGAGCCCUCACGUGGACGCAGUACUGGAUCAUCGAGCCUGCUGGGUACCAGGCUUUCAGAUGCACCGGAGGCUGCAAGCAGCCAAAGAGGAACUACGGCUACGGAGAGCGGCGGUGUACGGUGUCCGAGAGUGCCCCGUUACCGAUCAUGUACCUGGUGAAGAAGGGGGACUACACUGAGAUAGAAGUGGCCGAAUUCCCCAACAUGAUAGUAGAGAGGUGUUCGUGCACGAUGGACAAUAUGUCCACAGUAUGACAUCUUGGAAAGCUGCUAAAGUAAUCCUAUAACCACAGCCUGCUGGGGUUAUUAAAGGACUAUUGUAUUGUUUUCAGGUUUGGGGCUUAUACUAUUUAAUCUAGUACUUUCUAUUUAAAUGGACUUUUACUGGGAGAGUCAUACACAGAAGGCAGUCCUGCUGCCUGUAACUCCAUCUCCUUCCACAAGCACUUCUAUAUAUUUUGUACAUUUUGAUAUCUUUUUAUACAAAUUUGUAUUGUUUUCAUGUUGAAUCUACAGCAGUCCUUUGAAAUCUGUCUGAAGUGUUCUAUUUUUG